AUGUCUUCACGAGGUGGAGGCGGCCACGGCCGCGGCGGCGAGUCGUCCGGAGCGCAGGAGGGUGGCCGCGGGCGGGGUGGUGGUGGCGGCCGAGGGAGGGGCCGAGGGGAGGAGGCCGGGGGCGAGCGCGGCCGCGGAGGACACGGCCACGCGCCGCGCGGUCGCUCCGGAGAGCAGGAGCCACAUGGCGGACGCGGCGGGGACGGCCGAGGGAGGGGCCGAGGCGGCGAGCGCGGUGGCCAUCGCGACGACGCGGCGAGAGGCCGAGGUGGUCGAGGCGGCGGCGGCUACCCCUCGUCGCCCUCGCAGCCUGCAGCUGGCGGGCGGGGUGGCGUCGCCGCGGUGGGUGAGCACGACCCGCGUUACGGUGGCACUGGACCAGGCCGAGCCGGCCAGCAAGUGGCGGCCCCGACCCCGACGGUGGAGGUGCUGGGUGCCGAGGUGGAGCGGAAGAUGGUGCUCUCUAAGGCCGCAGGCGAGCGGCCGUCGUCGUCUUCCUCGGCUCCGGUGGCAGCAGAGGAGCAGCGGAGGGUCGCCAUGGAGCCUCGGGUGCCGGCGGCGCCGGCCAGUCUGCCGCCGGUGUCGAGCAAGGCGGAGAAGUUCCCGGCGCGGCCGGGGUUCGGGACCAUCGGGAGGAGGUGCCGCGUCCGCGCCAACCAUUUCCUCGUGCAGGUCGCCGACAAGGAGAUCUACCAUUACGAUGUGACAAUUGACCCGGAAACGAGGUCUCGUGGAUGGAACAGAUCAAUAAUCAACGAACUAGUUAAAUUGUACAAGGAACACUUGGACGGUAGGCUGCCUGUUUAUGAUGGAAGAAAGAGCCUAUAUACCGCUGGUGCACUGCCGUUCAAGAACAAAGUAUUUGUCGUGAAACUUGCCAAUGCCGCGAAAGGGAAUAAACGCGAGGAGGAAUACAAGGUAACUGUCAAGCUUGCUUCAAAUCUGGAUAUGUACAGCCUUCGGCAGUUUUUGGCUGGUAGAAGCAGGGACGUGCCACAAGACACUAUCCAAGCUCUCGACAUCGCCUUAAGGGAGUGUCCCACAACAAAGUAUGUAUCGAUCUCUAGAUCAUUCUUCUCUCAGUCAUUUGGACAUGGUGGCGCGAUUGGCAACGGUGUUGAAUGCUGGAGGGGUUAUUACCAAAGCCUUCGCCCCACACAGAUGGGUUUGUCACUAAAUAUCGAUAUUUCUGCAACGGCAUUUUACAAGGCCCAAGCAGUGAUGGAAUUUGCUGUUGAAUAUCUGAAUAUCCGAGAUGCUUCAAGGUCCUUGAUUGAUCAGGAUCGUAUUAAGUUGAAGAAAGCCCUUAGAGGUGUCCGGGUUGAGGCCACUCAUCGCACUGAUAAAACCAUACGCUACAAGAUCACUAGCGUUUCCUCAGCUCCGUUGAAGGAAUUAAUGUUUGAUCAAGACGGUGUGCGCGUAUCAGUUGUCCAGUACUUUAAGAAGCAAUAUAAUUACUCUCUGAAAUAUAUCAAUUGGCCAUGCCUUCAAGCUGGUAGUGACAGCAGACCGAUAUAUUUGCCUAUGGAGGUUUGCAGCAUAGUUGGGGGACAAAGAUAUUCACGCAAGUUGAAUGAACGCCAAGUUUCAAGCAUACUAAAGAUGGCAUGUGAAAGACCAGCUCAACGGGAGAGCAGUGUUCUAGAGAUUGUUAACAGGAAUAGUUAUGGCAAUGAUGACUAUUUGAAAGAAUUUGGCAUGAAAGUCAUGAACCAACUUGCAUUGGUCGAUGCUCGUGUACUACCUUCCCCAAGGCUUAAAUAUCAUGACUCUGGACGGGAAAAAGUAUGUAAUCCUUCAGUGGGACAAUGGAACAUGAUAAACAAGAGAAUGGUGAAUGGAGGAUCUAUCAACCAUUGGGCAUGUCUAACUUUCGCGUCUCGACUUCACCCAAAUGACAUUGGCAUGUUUUGCCGUGAUCUGGCUCACAUGUGCAAUAGCAUUGGCAUGGAAAUGAACAUGGAGCCAUGCGUGAAUAUCACACAAGCACGCCGUCAGGACACCGUGGAGUCUGCAAUCAGAAAUAUCCAUGGCCAUUCUGCCCAAGUGCUCGCUGAGAAAGGUCUAAAAGGGAAGCAACUUGAAUUAUUGAUCAUCAUAUUACCUGAUAUUAGUGGUUCCUAUGGAAAGAUAAAACGGCUUUGUGAAACGGAGCUUGGUGUAAUAACUCAGUGCUGCUUGCCUAAAAAUGUUCAGAAGGGUGGGAAACAAUACCUUGAAAAUCUUUCUUUGAAGAUCAAUGUUAAGGUUGGGGGUCGGAAUACAGUACUUGAAGAUGCUUUGUACAAGAGGAUACCCCUUCUGACUGAUGUGCCUACCAUAGUUUUUGGAGCUGAUGUUACCCACCCAGCUGCUGGAGAAGAUGCAUCUCCAUCUAUUGCAGCAGUUGUUGCGUCCAUGGAUUGGCCAGAAGUAACAAAAUACAAAUGCUUGGUAUCUUCACAAGGCCAUAGGGAAGAAAUUAUUGCCGACCUUUACACCGAAACAAAAGAUCCACAGAAGGGACUUGUUGGCGGUGGGAUGAUAAGGGAGUUGCUUCUCUCUUUCUACAGAGCAACUGGAUGUAAACCUCACAGGAUUAUAUUUUAUAGAGAUGGUGUUAGCGAUGGUCAGUUCAGCCAAGUGUUGCUUUAUGAAAUGGAUGCAAUUCGCAAGGCUUGUGCUACUUUACAGGCGGGGUACCUCCCACCAGUCACAUUUGUUGUCGUGCAAAAGCGGCAUCACACUCGUCUAUUUCCUGAAAAUCAUCGUGCGCGGGAUCUGACGGAUAGAAGUGGGAAUAUCCUACCUGGUACCGUCGUCGACACAAAGAUCUGUCAUCCUACUGAGUUUGAUUUCUACCUCUGUAGCCAUGCUGGCAUUCAGGGAACAAGCCGCCCAACACAUUAUCAUGUUCUUCUCGAUAAAAACCGUUUCAGUGCUGAUGCCCUUCAAACCUUGACCUACAACCUCUGCUACACCUAUGCCCGGUGCACGCGAUCGGUUUCCAUAGUUCCUCCGGCCUACUACGCGCACCUGGCGGCCUUCCGUGCGCGCUACUACAUGGAGGACGAGUUCUCCGACGGGGGCUCGUCGUCGGCCACGGCCCGGUCGGCGCCUGCGAGGCAGCUCCCCAAGAUCAGGGACAGUGUCAAGGAGUUCAUGUUCUACUGCUGAUGGCUGAUCCGUUGCUUGAGAGGACUACGCACGUCUCCACGCCUUUUGCCUAGGACUUGAUGGCUGUGUUGCAGAUGGCUUGGUCGCACUAGAGCAGUCUCAUGAAACUCGUCAUGGUUUUGUAGGACGUACGUGUUGCCUUCAAGAACUUUAGCCUUAGGUUAGCGUACGUCCUCUGAAAACAUACUGGGGUUACAUGCAUGUGACGAACGUAGGCCCUUGUAUUUUGUGAAGAACACUCGAUGGUACUGCAUCA